GUUGUAAGUGUAAAGUUGUAAGUCGAAAAAAUCGUCCUGGGUUACGGACGAAAUUUUUACCAUCUAUGGAACAAAACCUCGUAUAGCUGUGAUGACGAGUAUUUAGGAUCCAGAAAACUACCUCAAUCUCGUUCCCAAUGCUUUUUGUCUCUUUAGUAUAAUAGUCUCGCUACUCCUUGAAUACAAAAAAGAGGCAAUGGAAGGUGAGGGCUAUCAUCAUAGUAUCUGAUGGUUCUUCCACCGCCCCUGGCCCCCCAGAAAGAAGUACUGUCAUAAUAUCUCCCAGUUUGAUGCCAAGCGGCUUCUUUUUUAACUUAGAUAGAUGGAUGUGCAUAUUUUACAUGGCUAGCCUCACAAAUAUCGAGGGAUAUACCCUGUCUAUUAUUUCCAGGAGGGGCCAUGGCGUAGAUGGAGAGUCCUAGAGUAUUUAAUGCUCAUUUUGAGCUACGCAGACCCAAUUAGAGCCCGCGCUCUACUAGACAACUCCCGGCAACAUCCAACGACCCACACAGUGUGCCAUCUUCCCAAAUUUCCCUCACAUGGCUUGGGUUAACCCGGGGCUAUGGUAACAUUCACUCGCCCAUGUUGAAUCGCCGUCAAGAGGAAUCGAACCCCGGUCUCCCGCACAGAGUACGAGAGCUAUAACCACUAAUCUACGGCGCCACUAAAUUUAGCCCCUUAUUUGUGUUAAAUGGAAUGCACCUGAGUUGGAUUGGGAGAAAGUCACCGCUCAAAGUAAUUAAAAAGCUUGCUGUAGUCAUUCCCUCUUCAGUGGGGCCAGUGAUAAAAAUGUUCUUGCUCCCUUUCUUUGCCGAAGUCUUGUUACAACAGGGAACAAAUUUUAAUGGUGUUUGGUCCAGAUUGAUAACAAGAGAUACUGGAACUCCAUUGUUUUCGAUCUUUUUAACAAUGGAGUACAAGUAUAAUUCUUCAAUUUCUUUCUACAAAUUUCUGUUACCCAUACUUGUUCCAUCGUGUCCAAUCGCCUUCUAUAACCCAUACACUUGAAGAGACUUUUUGACCAUGACAAAUCUAUAAAGUUUAAAUGACUUAGGUUGAAUUCAGGAUAACAUUUGAUCAAAGCAUUGGCUGUUGCAACAGCUACAGCUUUUGAAAUACCAGCAUCACAGAUCUUUGAGCCUAAAACAGAGUUGGUGAUCAUCGUUUCAAAAUAAUUUUUUACAUUGGACAUUUUGUGGGAGCUUAUUUUCGCAGAUUAGGCAUACUUUGCGUUUUAGCAAAAAUUCACAACAACCACAAAAAUUAAUUCCUACGAAUAUUAAUUCCCUUUAUGCGAAACCUUCCAUGCAAAAACAAAUUAAAUGUGAAUAAGUUCAUAUUUUAAAAACAUAAAUGAAAAUAUAUUAUAUUUAGCCUACUUCUUCAGGCCAUUCCUUGAGACGAGUGCGAUCGCAUGCGCACUCGCCCGCACACUCGUAAAAAAAAUUACGAGUGCUUUUUAUCGCACUCAUAAAUUUUUCUUUUUCUAAAAUAUUAGCUACAGAGUGAUGAAAAAAGCUUUCAUGAUAUUUAAACGAUCUAUGGUGAUCUUUUCGCUUUCUAUGAUCCCGUUUUCAUGAUUUUUAAACGAUCUUCAUCGAUCUCUUCGCUUUCUGCGAUUCAAUUUUCCUGAUUUUUAAACGAUCUACAGCAAUAUUUUCGUUUUCUACAAUGUCGUUUUUAUGAUUUUUAAAUGAUCCACGUCGGUAUUUUCACUUUCUAAAAUCGUAUAGAGAUCAAUUCAAAUAAAAUAUUAUACGAAUUGAAGCUCGACCGUUGGAACUUGCACUUUGUAUGUUCCUUACGCGAAAACAGCAGCCCCUGUGCGGUGUACAGGGGUGAAGAAAAUGUUUUUGUAAAAAAAAUUUUUUUGAUCGCACGCGCAGAACUUUUAAGGCGUGUGAUCUACCGCACGCCUGCCUAAAAUCUUACUAAAUGGCCUGAGGAUAGAUAAGAAUAAUUCACUAAACAAAGUGUCACAAAUAUUACAUAUUGCAUUUUGUCGAAAAAAUCCUAAUUAAUAUUGGUUUCUUGUAGUUUCUUUUUUUCCAAAACAAUUUUUUUAUAAUUACCUUCUUAUUAUAUUCUUAUAUAUAUUUUCUUUUGUAUUUUUUAUGUUGUAAUUUCACUGAUAUCUUCUUUUGAUAACAGCUUUUAUGGUUGCAUUAAAUUGUUGACACAAUUAGACAAUGGUGUUUUGGCAAAAAUUGGGGAAUUUCACAUACUCAUUUUUUUCUGGAAUAGUGAUUGGACUUCCUGUCUACAUUACAAUUAAUGACUACCUCUUUUAUGUGGCUCGUGUUGAAGGAACAUCUAUGCAACCUACAUUAAAUCCAAACCACAGAAAGAAGUCUGAUGUUGUUAUUCUUGACAGAUGGAAUGCAUCUACAGAAAAUAUCCAACGAGGUGAUAUAGUUGCGUUAACCUCACCUACUGAUCACACAAUAAGCUUUAUAAAACGAAUAAUAGGACUUGAGGGUGACUUUAUAAGGACUCCACGUUAUAAAAAUGACUAUGUUUAUGUACCACGAGGUCAUUGCUGGGUUGAAGGAGACAAUGUUCGUUCUAGCUUGGACAGCAACUCAUUUGGUCCUGUAUCCCUUGGUCUUGUUAAGGGCCGUGCAACGCACAUUGUAUGGCCCCCAAAACGAUGGAGUAAACUAGAACAUAACAUACCACCAUUUCGUUCUCCAACUAUUCCUAAAAAGAUAAAAGUAAUUUAUGAUAAUGUAAUUUAUGAGCGUGAAGACACCAUAGAAAAUCAACCUUAGCACAGAGAAUGUAAAGACAAGUUGCAACUAACAACAGACAGAUAUCACUAAAAAGUAUUUUAACCAGAUAUCAAGCUAUAGAAACAAAUGUGAAGUUUAUUUUUCUAAUAUAUCACAAAAAUAUAUCAUUAUUAAAAAGCUAGAUUGUUUCAAUAUUGUAUUCUUUAAUUUUAAUUUUUCUAAGAAAUAUUUCUUUUGCUCAACAUAAAUACAUCAAACACUAUGUUUUGUUCUACAUUCUCAAACCUAGCACCAUAUAUACAACGUUUUGUGUAUGCUUAGGGUAUUACUGGACAUGAAGGUCCAAUAGAUUUUGAAAAUCUCUUUAUUUUAAUUUCUGUUGUAUACAUCAUAUAUAGCAAAAGAAAGAUAAGUUAACAUUGCCCCUUAUAAGAUUUCAUGACAUUGUGUAAAUCCUUAUAUGUAAUGCUCAAAAUUAUUAUAUACAUUUUGUUUUAAACUAACUUUUUAAUGUAAAUGGGUUUUUACUAAUGGAAAUAUAUAAUGGAGUUAAAUAUUUAUUUAGCUUGUGUUAAUUGUGGUGGCUUUAGUAAACCUCUGUCAUGUGGAAAGAUAUGCACUACUGGCUCUGGCCUAAUACAGCAUUUUGGAUAACAUCAGGGAAUGAGUCACCUUUGAUUCAGUGAACCCUUAUGGUGGCCAUAUUGACUAAAACCUGCUUUAAGUAUUGCCUCACUUGAUUGUCAACAUCAGAUCUCUGGCCUCUGCAUUAGCUCACUCAUAUAUUGAAACAAGGUAAUAGAUACUAGUGUCAGUCCAAUUCUUUGAGUUUUAAUAUAUCGUAUGUCAUUGAUAAGGAUAAAUGUAGGAUCCGGACCAUCUGGCAUUGAUGCUGAUGAAGGGAGAAGGAUACUUCCAACAACAACUUGGAGAAAGUACUGUCAGUUUAUGUGAAACAUUUUCCAAAGUCAUACAAAAGUUAUGCACUGGCAAAGGAAAUUCCGCAUUAUUGGAAGCAUUCUUAGCAUGUUGUCUGAUUCCUCUUGAUAAGAACCCAGGGCUUCCUCCUAUUGGUGUUGAAGAGGUACUCAAAAGAAUCGUAUGCAAAGUUGUUAUAUCUGCUGUAAAUGAUGAUAUCAUUUUAUUGGUUGGAUCGUUGAAGAUAUGUGCUGGACAUGAUACAGGCUGUUCAUAGCAUGAACACCUUAUUUCAGGAUGAGAAUACAGAAGCUGUUUUAUUAGUGAUUGCUGCAAAUGCUUUUAACUCUGAACAGAAACGUUUUCUUACAUAAUAUAAAGAUAAUUUGUUAUUUAUAGCAUCUAGAUUAUUUGUGUUAGGAGGAAUAAAGCUAAAGUCUGAGGGAGGGACAACACAGGGUGAUUUUAUUGCUAUGGCUGUUUAUGAAAUUGCCAUGAUUUCCAUCGUAUUCAUGAUUGUGGAGGUAGUCAACGAAACAAAGACAGCAGCUUUUCAGUCAAACAAAGACAGCAGCUUUUCAAUAUCCUAUAUUAAAUUAAUGAAGCCAUUACAGUGCACCUAAAACUUUGAGGCCAAAUUACUUGGAAACGAGGUGGUGACAUCAGCCAUUUUUCACCGCGUGGGUAACUAGGGACCACCUAAGACAAAUUUGGUUAAUUUUCCCAAACCUGGGUCCCCAAAUCCGUUUCGGAAUGGACGGGUUCAUGACGUCACCAAAAAACCUUAAAACCCCAAUAUCUCUGCCACCAUUUGUCAAAAGUAAGAAAUUUAUAUACCAUUUCACGGGCCUUUGCUGACAUCAGCACAAUUCUUAAACCGUUAUAUCUCCUUAGGUGUUCCUCCAAAACAUAUUAUUCUAUACAUUAUUUUGAUUAGCGUUUCAAUCUCUACACAUUACAAUCAAAGAAUAAAAUAAAUUUCGCCAAUUUUUUAGGGAUCUGCACUGCUGACGUCAGCAAAACAUCUAAAACAACCUAUUUUUCCAUUGUCCAUCUGCCUAAGUGGAUUUCUCCACGGGCCUUAUCGACUAGUCUCUAUAAUAAUACACCAGUUCCGUCUGUCUGUCACUUUUGCAAAGUGGAUAAAUUUUCUUUGAUAAAGUCUAUAAAACAUCGCCUAUAAAAUUGUUCUGUAAUUUACCAAACUUUUAACAUUAAAAUAAUAAACGUCAAAGGCAAGUAUAUUAAAUUAAUGAAGCCAUUACAGUGCACUUAAUACUUUGAGGCCAAAUAACUUGGAAAGGAGGUGUUGACGUCAAUGAUUUUUCACCGCAUAGGUAACUAGGGACCAGCUGGGACCAAUUUGGGUAAGUUUCCCAAAUCUUGGUCCCCAAAUCCGUUUCGAAAAGGACAGGUUGAUGACGUCAUCAAAAAACUUUAAAGCCUAAUAUCUCUGCAACCGUUUUUCAUGAUUUUUUGUUAACACAUGUUUAUUAUUUGCAAAUAUGCUCCAUGAGAUUAUCUGUUUAUUGUAAAGUGAAAGUUUGCCUUCGUGAAUGAAGGGGAAAUAGAAGUAAAACAUCCCUCAUGCAUGAGAUAAAUAAGUAAAUAGAUAGUAAAUAAAUAAUAAAUAAGUUAAAUAAAUAAAUUAGAAAUUAAAAUAAACCUCGUGAAUAUAUGGAGAAAGUAAUGGAAUUCAUGCAUGAAGAGAUUUGUGUCAUGCCUUGGAACCCACUCACAUAUGAUCCACAAGAUGCUAUUGUGUAUGUCAACCAAAACAUGUAUACUCUAUUGUAAUUAACAUCUUUACUUAGGCAAACAUUUUGGUGUUAUUAUCAUGUUAUGCUUACUGGCAGGACAAAUAAUGUGUGCAGCCAGUAAGCAGUAAGCAAUAAUUACUUUUUUUACCCAGCAUCCUGAUCCAUUUCCCAAAUUGCGUUUUAUGCGAAUCAUGUUGUAUCUACAUACAUAAGUUAUUUCAUAAUACAUUUUCUAUUAA